AAGGCAAAAAGAAAACUACCCGAGUAAUCAUAAUGACAAAGGUCCGUUACCAUAGGCUGGCGGGUUCCACGAGUCUUCUUCUCUUCUCCACUCUCCCUCCUUUUCUCUGCAAAAACCCUGCACAGAAGAAGAGGACAUGGACCCCUCCGCAACCCCUCUUCUGCUUCCCCCUCCCUCUCUGACACCUCCCUGACUGCAAUCACAAAUCUCUGUACAUCAAUAUUCCCUUUUUGUUUUUUUUAAAAAACCCGAACAUGUCUCAGUUUCCGUCCAUCUUCUUCAAAAUACAAUAAAAUACUCAAAAUCGCAGUUCCAAUAUCAACCGUCAGAUUCAAGUUCCCACCAUGGUUUCUAUUCUGUACAUUUCUCAUCCAUCUGUGACCGCCGCUUUCUCUGUGCACUGAAAAGAACCACUGAUCCACAAAACAAUGCCCUCUCCUUCUAGAAUUAUUACACAAUCACCAUGAAAACCACACCGUUUCAUCUCUUGAUCAAACUUGCUUUCCUUUCUCCUUGCUAUGGGCUGUGGAGGAUCUAAGGUGGAUGAUUUACCACUAGUAACUCUCUGCAGAGAGCGCAAAGAAGAAAUCAAAGCUGCUUCCGACCACCGCUACGCUCUCGCUGCUGCACACGUGGCUUAUUUCCAUUCACUCAGGGAAGUUGGCGGCGCGAUUCGCCGAUUUGUCGAUGAAGGGCUCGUGAUCGCCUCUUCCUCUACUUCUGCUGCCUCUCCCGUACUAACAUUACCGCCUCGCGAAGGAAAAUCCAGGCAAAAAUCGAAGGAUUCCUCUGCUUCAACCUCACUUUCGCACUCUGCAGACAGCAAAAGUAAAGACGACGAGGUUGAAGAUUCGCAUUUGCAUUUGUCUUCCGGGUCGGAUUCCGAAUCGGACUCAUCGGGUCAUAUCCGCUUUCAUGACACCCCUGAAGAGGAAGAAGAAGCCGAAAGAGAGGUGCCUCCAACCUCUUACAAUAAUAAUUUUACUGAUUAUCAACAACCUCAAGGAAAUUGGGGCUUUCCUAAUUAUUCAGGAGAUAACCCGUACCAUAACCAGUACCCGUAUCCAUACUCACAUGAGAAUUCGUAUUCUAACACGUUUUAUAUGAAAAGGUCUGCUACCCCGGCCAAAAAGGUGGUGUAUGAGGACCCGUCUGUAAAUGGGUUUUCAGGUUAUUAUGGAGGUGGGUAUUUUGGGUACCCGAUGAUGGGAUCGCCCGCAAGACAGCCAUCUCCCGAAAAGCCACCACCGGUGCCACCAUCGCCACCGAAAGUGUCGACAUGGGAUUAUUUCAACGUGUUUGAUGCAUACGAUAAUGGUGGGAGUGGUGGGUAUCCGGGUUAUUAUCCCAAUGCGAGAUACGGGUAUGGGUCGAGUACCAGUAGCCUGGAUUCGAAGGAGGUGAGGGAGAGAGAAGGGAUACCUGAUUUGGAAGAUGAAGCAGAGCAAGAAGCGAUGAAAGAGGUUCAUAAAGAGAAGAAGAAAGCGAGUGAAGACAUGGAUUUGAAUGGGAAAAUGAAAUUUAAUGAGGAAAUGAAGAGGAAUUACGGAGAGGGUACUUCAAAAUCUGGGCAUAUUGUAAGUAGUAGUGAGAGUUCAGAGUCAAUUAAGGGUAAAGGAAUUAAGAGCAGUCUGAGUCCGGAUACUAUUCAGAGUCCUGAUAGCAUUGUAUCGAAGAGUCCCGGGGAGGGGACUGUGAGGAAAAAGGGGGUCACUUUUGAGGUUGAAGAUGCAUCUAAUGUAACAAUGGAUGUUGAGUCUUCAAAGCAUAGUAGUGUUGCUACUUCUACUACUACAUUGUCGGCUCAUGGCACAAGGGAUCUUCAAGAGGUGGUCAAGGAAAUCAGCGAUGAGUUUGAGACUGCUUAUGAUUAUGGGAAAGAGGUUGCAUUAAUGCUUGAGGUGAGCAAGUUGCCUUACCAACACCAGCGAAGAAGUACCCUGCUUAAAGAUUUAAGUAUGAUCUCUAUCAAAUACAUUAAUUUUGCCGCUCAAGUAAAAUUAACAUGCCUUGGUGCAGUGAUUCUUUCCAGGAUCCUGUAUUUGGGGUCUUCCCACCCUCCUGCAAGGCCAUCAGCACGCAUUUCUUCUAGGACAAUGAAAUUGGCUAAAGCUUAUGCUGCCGAACCUGGAAAUGACUUUGACCCAAGGCACAGAAACCUUUCAUCUACUCUACAGGAAAUUUAUGCUUGGGAGAAGAAACUAUACAAGGAAGUGAAGGAUGAAGAGCGGCUACGGGUCAUGUAUGAAAAGCAGUGCAAAAGGUUAAAAAUAUUGGAUGACCGUGGAGCUGAGUCUAGUAAAAUUGAUGCUACACAGGCUUCAGUAAGAAAAUUGCUGACAAAAAUCAAUGUUUGUAUCCGAGCUGUUGAUGCUAUAUCUAGUAAGAUACACAGGUUGAGGGAUGAAGAAUUGGAGCCUCAGAUCACUAAGUUGAUUCAUGGAUUGAUAAGGAUGUGGAAGUCCAUGCACAAAUGUCACCAGAAGCAGUUCCAAGCUAUCAUGGAAAGCAAAGUUCGCUCUCUUAAGGCACAGAGAGAUUCUGGUUUGAAAGCCACAGUUGAACUUGAAAUGGAGCUUAUCAAUUGGUGCGCCUGCUUUAACAACUGGAUUAAAACCCAAAAAUCCUAUGUUGGGUCAUUAAAUAGGUGGCUUUUAAGGUGUCUUCACCAGGAACCUGAAGAAACCCCUGAUGGGAUUGCGCCAUUUUCCCCAAGUAGGAUUGGUGCUCCGCCUAUUUUUGUAAUUUGCAAUGAUUGGUACCAGGCAAUAGGUAGGGUUUCUGAGGAGGGAGUUGAAAAUGCGAUGCUUGGUUUUGCUUCAAGUUUGCAUCAGUUGUGGGAACGGCAAGGUGAGGAGCAACGACAGAGGAUCAAAGCAGAGUACCUUACAAAGGAUUUUGAGAAACGGCUUAAAACCCUACGAAUGGAGAAGGGAAGGAUCGAGCAUGAGCAUGAUGCAUCAUUAGAUAAAAGUACGUCAAAGGUUCCUUCAGAUAGUGGAAUCUCACCGCUAGAUGAUCUGAAGGUGGAUUUGGAUUCAAUGAGGAAGAAAUUGGAAGAAGAGAGAGCAAGGCACAAGGAAGCGGCCAAAUUAGUUCAUGAUGCAGCUUCUAGUAGUUUACAAGCAGGUUUGGUCCCAAUUUUUGAGGCUUUGGGCAGCUUCAUUUCAGAAUUUUUGAAAGCUCAUGAAGAAAUUAGGCUUCAAGAUGCUGGACGCCCAUAGGAAAUGCAUCAGCAUGUUUUACCUGGAUCACUUAUAAUCGAUCCGUAGGAAAGGAAAAAAAACAAAUAUACCAUUAGAGAUUAGGCACAAUGGGUUGAAGAACCACUUGGAUAACACAAUGAAGUAGAAUUGCUUAUAGAAAUUUGUGAGGUCAAACGUUGUUUCCUUUACAAUUGGUUCUUCCCUAACCCUUGAAUAGAUAUGUAGGAAAUUUUGUACAGAAAUUCAUUUAUUGGUUGAUUGGUUGGGGAUGUACCUGGUGUAGCUGGACUGGAUGGAGGAUUCAGAUGGUUUAUGUAUGUAGACUUUUUGAUGUAGGAAAAAAACGUAAUUAUUUUCAUUGAAGUACUUGGUAAUGAAAUUGAGGAGCUCUACUCAUUUUUGUUCCUA